AUGACUCAUCUUCCCGAAUCCCAAAUCCAAUCUGAAUUCACUUUGCUACUGCAGUGUACAGGUAGAGCGCCGUGAGAGGUGAUGACGGUGAAUCUGUGAGCCAAAGAAGCUGCAGCACGCCCUCAGCCCUAAGCUUAGAGGUAAAUUUGAUUUUGGUUGCAUCCUGUGAAUGAUCAAUCAUCCAGAUCCAAAGAACUUUGAAGGUUGCUUUGAUUGAUCCACAUGGCAUAUGAAUUAACCGAGAUGAAGAAGGCCGGUAUAGGCCUGAUUGGUUUCGGCAUCUUUUUCACAUUCCUUGGAGUUGUUCUUUUCUUCGACCGCGGCUUGCUUGCUCUCGGAAAUAUAUUUUGGUUGGCAGGGGUAGCCAUUUUGCUUGGAUGGCGUUCCAUGUUGAGUCUCUUUACAAAUCCAGCAAACUAUAAGGGUACUGCGUCAUUUCUUCUUGGCCUCUUUUUCAUUUUUGUAAGGUUGCCCAUAGUUGGCAUUCUAUUUGAAAUAUACGGCUGUUUUGUUCUCUUCGGUCGUUUUUGGUCAUCGAUCAAAGUGUUCCUCUAUCAUAUCCCUCUUCUUGGAUGGAUUAUACAGUUUAUUUCCCCUCCGUGAUCUGGUUUCUGUUCAAUACAAUGGCUCAUCAUUGUCGAUGCUCGUGUUGCUUGACUUGUGUAUAAGAUGUAUGUGUUUCUUAACCGGCUUCUCAAGAGUUAUGUUUCUUCUUAGGUUCUAAUUGUUAAUUUACUUUGCUUUGUGAAGAUCAGAAUUGCACUCAUCAUUUGUUUUUGCAACAAGUAUCCGUUAAGUAAGCCAUGUUUAAGCAUAACUAACACUCUUAGUUUGCUAAAGAAUAUUAUUAAAGUGAAGUAACUCCAUUAAGGAACACUCUAAUUGAUGUAAUAUUAAAUGGAGUCUUUGUCUAGACGAAAACAUUAUUUUCAUGUGUAAUUCUUUAAAAUUGAGUGUAACACAAAUCCUCCAGAAAAGUUAAGGGAUGUCCCAAUGUUAUUAGUAUGUUUAUAAUAAAACAUAAAAUGGUCAACAAACAACAAUGAUUCACAAGAUGAUUAGUGCUUUUGCAGAUUCUGAAUAAAAUAUCAAACAAAACUUAUUCCUAUACGUAAUAGAAACGUAGACCGGUUGAAAACAGAGAUAUAACGUUGGCUAUAUUUCACAAUAUAUGAAUGAGGCACAAGAAGUUAUUUUCUACUUCUGAAUUACUAUAUGCAUAUUCAGAUGACACUUUCACUUCAUUUCAUUUUAACUUGUAUUAUCCUCCUUCUUAUUAACUUAAAAAUUCACUUGAAGUUGUUACUUGUUAGGAUGGGAUUAGAGAAGAAAACAA